AUGCCAUCUUCAAAGUCUAGUCUUGACACAAAUGCCCAAGGUUCUGCUCCCCAACCUGUCGUUCCACAAAGGGUCCCCUUCGUUCAUAGACUAUAUCAAUAUUACCAAUUAUGCACUAGUCUCCUUUUCACAGCUUUACUAGGUAGAUGGUUGAUUAUUUAUCCAUUAGCAGGAUCCAAAUUUUUACCUGGUGGUAUCCAUGAAUUUUUAUGUUACUUAAUGGUAAGUAGUGCAUUAGGUGAGAUUGUAUGGUUAUUUAAAUUUCACAAAUGGAACAAAGCCAUAUUUUCAAGAGUUAUGUUAAAGGAUUUGAAUUUCCUUUAUUUUGUUGGAGUAUUACAUUUUUAUGAUGAUUAUGAACAUGCUUUGGUAUUAAAAAACAUAAGUUACUCAUGUUUCAUUGUAGGUUUGUCUUUGAAUCAAUCAUAUUGUCAUUGGUGUAAACUAUUUAAAAGGACUGGUAGGAAAAGGCACACACUAUAUUGGAAAGUAAUUUCACUAAUAACUCUUCCCUUUUUAUAUUUGAGUGAAUUUUAUCUUUUACUUUUGAAUGUUAAUAAUGUUAAUUUUCAUUCAACUCCAUGGUUGGAUCUCAUAAACAAAAUGGUUCUAAUCGGUUAUUUUCCAAUUGCAUUAUUAGCAUUCAAAAGACAGUUAUCAUCUUAA